AUGAAGGCGCAAUUGGGGAGUCCCCUCCCACCCGGCGACAAACAUGCCGUCAGCGUCUAUCUUCCAACAUGGAAAGACACCUUAGCCUGGGCCCAGCGGGACCCUGAGCUUCUCGCCCAGAUGAAGACCGGAUACCCUCGAUUCUUCGUGCCCCUCAUCGUCCGCGAACUCUCGGAGCGACUCCUCGAAUGGAUAGCAUCCAAAAUACCUGCGGACGAAGCGACGAAAGAGCUGAUGUCGGUGUUGGCUGAGCCUGGGCGAUCGGCUAUGCUCUUUCCAGCAUGCCAUCUGGCCGGUAUGGGCAGGAAAUACUUGCAACUUCACACGGACCGUCCUGUUGUCGUAGUGCAAAUCGCUUUCGACGGCAGUAUACGUACCCCUGGCGCUGUCCCCCUAGAGGCUCUUGAAUUCAGCGCUGGAGAUAUUUGUGCUGUGGUACACCCCCAGGAACUUGUUGUCGAGGCCAAAGCUUUCUGGCAGCACGCCGGCUGUGGUAUUUCGACUCGACGAGCAACAUACUGGCUGGAGCAUGCACCCUUCCUGAAUGGUGGGAAGAGGAAAGUUGUUAACCUGCUACUGAAAGAGCCACAAGAUGCGAAAAUCACCCUCCAAAGACGAAUUGGCGACUUGCUCAGCACAGAAACCAACAAGCUCGCAACAGACGCUGUCUUUCUAUACCCGACUGGCAUGUCGGCCAUCAGCCACACUGCCUCUACUGUUCGUUGCCUCUAUGGAAGCAGCAAGGAAACCUUGGAAGUUGCAGUAUUCGGCUUUCUCUACGUCGAUACCUUCAAGGUCCUCAGUAAAGUCCACGGCUUCGACUGCAAACUCUACGGCCACGCGACCCUCUCCGACCUCGAGGCAGACUUGGCAGCGGGUAUGCAGCUUGACGCACUCUACACCGAGUUCCCCGGAAACCCACUCCUCGGCUCCGUCGACCUGGACAGACUAUACCAGCUUGCAAACGACUACAACUUCCUCUUCGUCGUGGACGAUACUGUCGCUACAUCUGUCAAUGUCGACCUAAUUUCAUUGUGCGACUUGGCGUGCACGAGCUUGACAAAGAUGUUUAGCGGUGCUUGCAACGUUAUGGGUGGAAGUAUAGCUCUGAAUCCGCAGUCAAAGCUCUUUACCAACAUGAAGAAAGUCCUGGAUGAUCUCUCCAUCGACACUUACUUUCCAUUGGAUGUGAUAGUCAUGGAGGAGAACAGCGUUGACUUUGAAGAACGAGUCAUUGUCGCCAGCCGAAACGCGGAACGCAUCGCAGACACACUCAGACAGCACUCUUCGGUCGAUCAAGUAUACUAUCCCAAGGGUGACCCGACACAAGACAUAUACGAACGAUUCAAACGACCAGGGAGGGGAUAUGGAUACCUUUUGUCAGUACGCUUCAAGAAACCAGAGGCCGCCAUCGCCUUCCACGAUGCGCUGGACGUGGCCAAGGGACCUAGUCUGGGGACAAACUUUACACUCUGCUGUACUUAUGCCUUGUUUACGCACUAUUCAGAGUUGGAAUGGGCUGCCGAGUUUGGAGUCGUUGAGCAUUUGGUUCGUAUCAGUGUGGGCAUUGAGAGCCAGGGGGAGCUGGAUGCGCUUGUUGCAACGGCGUUGGCUGCGGCUGCUAAAAGUAUGGGGAGCGUCAUGAAUGGGAAGCUAUAA